AUGGAGGGCUCCCUCAAGAAGGAGCAAGUUCGGCGCAAGGAAGCUGUGCCAGUGAAGAAGGCUCCUUCAGUUCCUCUUGACGAAUCCUAUAUUGGAAAGAUAGCCCUUCCUAUUCCACUUGAUAGACCUAAAUGGCAGACCCGUGGAAGUGGAGAUGUCAUAGGAAAAUUCCUAUCUUGGACAUCAGAAAAGUGGAACGAACGCGAGCCUGAUCUUGAUCCCGAGUGA